UGGAAAGCGGUUUGGACAGGGUGGAAGAGGAAGGGGGGAGGGAUUAGUAGGUCACAUGUCCUUUAUGUUUCUUUAUCAUGACGGGUUGUCAAGGAUGUUCACUUUGUCUGGAUGGGGUGGAGAACCUGCUGCACUCAGAUUCUGAGCUUAUUGGGCCUGCAUAGAGAAAGUGAAAUUGCAAGACUAGAGUAAAAGGCACGGACGCUGAAACAAAAAAAAUGCAACUCAGUGUGAUCUUAUCAUAGAACAUUUUCAGAAGGGUUUAGUCGAAACUAGAUGUGUUUGUUACUGGUGUGAGAAGUGCUGUGUGUCUGCCAGUUUACAGAGGAACCUGAAGACAUCUGGAGAUGUGGGACAUGAAGUGGAUUUAUGUCGCGAUUAUGCUCUUGUUGCCUGAGGCAUGGAGCUAUGAUACAGGAACUAAUCAGAGCACCUCUGUGAACGCUACCAGCACCCCUCCUCCUAAAGUCUUUGUGCACAAACAUUUAGCUUUCAACCUGGGGAAUCAAGUUAACCUGACAUGCAGCAGUAAGCCUUGGAACGAGACUAUGUUUGUUAUCUGGACUUUAAAGUUAAAAAACAAAAACUGUAAAAUUAACUUUAACAACGACGGCCAAAACAACAACUCCUGCAACGACGGCAAGGAACUCCGAAACACGUCCAGCGCUCAGUCAUACCUGCACAUCCCAAACUUCUCAAAUGAUGAUGAGGGGGACUACAAGUGUGAGUCAGUUUUCACUGGAGGAAACGACAAUUAUUGUUUCCACUUGGUUGUCACAGUUGCUCCGCGUACAUCAGCAUGGCUGGUGACUAAGGACAACAAGCAAGUGGCAGUGUGCAAAGCUGAAAAAGGAAAACCUGCUGCCAACAUCAGCUGGAGUCAUCCGGGAAACUCAACGUUUUCUUCAUCUGAACAGGAUGGAUUUUUUACAGUAGAAAGUCACCUGGAGAUCGGUAAAGGAAUGGAUACAGAGAACCUGAGCUGUGUUAUCACGCACCCGUACUGGAAAGAGGAAUAUAUUGUGAAACUACAACAUAAAAAAGGUUAUGUUUUUUGGCUGUCCAUUCUUAUUGCUGUGGCAAUUGUGUUUUUGGUAGGAUCUUCAUUUUUUGCACUAAAGAAACUAAAACAACUGAGGCGAUGCCCGCCUCCAGAAAUAUCACUAUCCAAAUCUCCACCGAUAGAAGAUGUGGAGGAAGUGGAGCCCUACGCCAGCUACGUUCAACGUGUGAACUCUAUCUAUAACUCAUCUGCAGAUUUGUUCACAUAAAAUCUUGCACUUGCAUCACGCUCACACAUUCGCACUUAAAUGCACAUGGCUCUUUGUGAGAAACUGAAGGAUGUGAAACUGAAAAAAAAAUGAUGAUAUAGUAAAGAGAGAGAGAGAGGAAAGUGAGAAGAAAGACUUCUGAUUAGAGAGGAAAGCUAAACUCUCGACUGAUGGAACAGGGGAUGUACCUGAUGGCUCACUGACUCUAAUGCACAGAGCAUGCAGCCCACUACUCUGUGUGUGGGCUGUCAUGGAGAACAUUAAUAAUAACUACAAAUGCAAUAAACUGCGGAACGGCAAAGAAUGCCGCCUUCAGCUGGACUUAGCACGCGAAGACUACAGAACUUUUUAUGUUAUAAAUUUACCGAUUAUAAUAAUUAUUAUCAUUGUUAUUGUAAGAUGAACUGUAAAGAGAUGCUCAGCUUGUAAUGGAUUCUUACUCCAUGUAGAGAACACAAGUGUUAAAAUUGCCUCAAGAUAAUGUGGACAAUAUUAUGGGAAGUAUUCAUGUCAUGUAUUCAUGUAUAAUUUGUGUAUUAAACACACAUAUGGA